AUGGAUAUAUCUGGAAAUAGAUGGUUUUCGGAACUUGGAGUGGAUGACUUGAGCCUCAUCUAUGAAUGCGACAUGAGCUCAUUCAAUCAAUUUACUCUACAAGUAGCACCUGCACCUGUAGGACAGCAAUCCCUUUCCUCAGAGAGCUAUACUUCUCAUCCUUCCAACCAUCUGGUUGCGAAUGCCCCUCAGACGGGCUUCAUCGAAAGACCGAAGAAGGCACAAAAGAUCAAUAGCUGGAGCUCUCAUAACACUGAGAAGAACACAACUUUCGGCCUCGAUGCCCCUUCACCAGACUCUCUUUCGUUUCACAAUCCAAAAUCACCUAAUAAAAAUGCAUCUGUGAGAGCUGUAGCAUCACAAGAAGAGAUGAGGCCUUUAGUCUCUCAUGGUUCAGCACAGAAUUAUGAAACAAUUACUCAACAGGUAUCAAGGAUGACAAAGAUGGGACCAGUGCCAUCUCAAGCUCAAGACCACAUAAUUGCAGAGAGGAAGCGGAGGGAGAAUCUCAGCCAGAGAUUUAUAGCACUUUCUGCAGUAAUCCCUGGUCUUAAGAAGAAGGACAAGGCUUCUGUUCUUGGAGAUGCAGCCAGACAUAUUAAGGAACUCCAAGAGAGGGUGAAGACCCUCGAAGACCAGAAUGCAACGAGGACUGUCGAAUCCAAAGUUCUCAUCAAGAAGUCUAAGCUCUCCGCCGACGAUGAUCGUUCGUCCUCAAAUGAAUUCUCAAAUGGGUGCUCAUCAGAAGAACCGCUUCCUGAGAUUGAAGUGAUGCUCUCUGAGAAGACAGUCCUUGUGCGGAUCCACUGCGAGAACCAGAGAGGAGUACUGGCGAGGCUGCUGUCCGAGAUCGAGAAGGUCCACCUCGCAGUCACUAAUGCUAGUAUCAUGCCCUUCCUCACCUCCUCUAUCAAUAUAACAGUGGCGGCUGAGGUUGAGGAGGAGUUCUCCAUGACAGUGGAGGAUCUUGCGAGGAAGCUGAACUCAGCUUUGAGGAACAGUUGUACAUAAUAAAGAACUUAUUAUUGUCACUAGGUCUGUAAGAAGACUUGGAACAGUGGUUGUGUUGUUCAUGUUUCUAGCUUAAAGAGAGCCACUACUUUUUGCUGCAUGGGUUCCUCCUCCUACCUUUUCUCCUCUCUCAAUUAGCUGCAUUUGGGUCAAGUAUGGUGGUGUCUAAAGUAAUUAAUUGCCAUAUGAAGGCUGAGGUUGCUAUCUUUUAAGGGGGCACGUGCUCUAAUUUCUCUUUUGUAUUGCUAUCCUCCCUUGGGAUGGGUUGUGUAAUUAGAAAUACCAGUUGUGUGGUUGUUCGACUGCACUUGUUUGUACCAUAAAAGAAGCAUCGUUGGGUUUGUCGUUUGGUACGACUGGAUCCUGUGAUAUCUUGUGGAAAUAUUUAGUUCAUUGUUUGUGAAGCACGUUUCCUUCUUUCUUUUUUGUUUUUGCCCCUCAACACUCUGGCUCUGAAGACCGUGACAGCUAACCGUUCUUUCGGGGAUGG